UCCGUGCUUAUCAUCGGUGGCGGGGUCUUUGGGCUAUCCACUGCGUGGGCUCUCUGCAAAAGCCCUAUAUUCAAGAAUACUAGGAUCGUUCUUGUAGACCGGUAUCCCUUUCCCGCGCCAGACAGCUCAAGUGUAAGAUUAUUCAACUCUUUCUUGUCAGUCUUUUUCUAUCUCGUCAGCCAAUCUCCCUUGGUGGAAGAACCUAUAGCCUGGUGCAAAUGUUUUCUAGUGAUCUUUCCUGUUUGAUUCCGUUCAUAUUCAUACCUUCGCCAACGCCAACUUGCCAGAUCGACACAUCACGCAUAGUCCGUCCCGACUAUGCCUCUCUCCCUUACACCAAACUUGCCACAGCUGCGCAAGCCCUCUGGCGCACCACGUUCGCUCCUGAGCAUUAUCAUCAGACCGGACUAUGCGUCACAGCCUCAGGUCCGGAACAGCAAUACGUGACAGAAUCACUCCGAAAUGUGCAAGCCAUAGGAACCGAUAAAACGGAAGUAUUGCAGUCAUCUGCCGAUAUCCAGCGUGUAUGCGGACUGGAAAGUAACAGCUCCGCAGAAGGUAAUCCGGCGCCUGCUGGCGGCAGCGUCGGAUACGUGAAUUGGAGCUCUGGCUGGGCCGACGCCGAAGGCGCUAUGCGAUGGUUACGGUGUGAGGUGGAAAGGUUCAACCGCGUAGAGUUUCUCACGGGAACUGUGAAAAAGCUCAACAUCGACCACGCACGUAACACGGUCUCGGGCGUCAUACUCGAAGAUGGCACUACGCUCGAAGCCUCUCUCACAAUCCUAGCGGCAGGCGCCUGGAGCCCUGCACUCCUCGAUCUACGCGGGAUAUGCAAAUCCACAGGCCAAGCUCUAGUCUACCUCCCCAUAUCCGACUCCGAACAAGCCGCUCUAGGCGACAAACCCACACUCCUGAAUCUUUCGACAGGCCUCUUCAUGAUCACCCCAUCGCGCAACAUGCUCAAGAUCGCGCGCCACGGCCACGGCUACACCAACCCGACUACAAUCCCUCACCCCGAGGCUCCCCCAUCAGCCACUCAUGAAGAAACAAUAACAGUCUCCCUCCCAUACACCCACAUGGACGACCCCACUCAAGACAUCCUCCCCCUAGAAGCCCAAAAGGAAUGCCGUGCCUUCCUCUCCGGCAUCCACCCGUCUCUCUCCCAGCUCUCCCGCCCUUGGUCCAAGACUAGGAUAUGCUGGUACACGGACACGCCCAGUGGGGACUUCUUGAUCGACUACCAUCCCAAGUACAAGGGACUGUUCGUUGCGACGGGCGGAUCCGGUCAUGCGUUCAAGUUCCUCCCCGUUAUCGGUGACUGCAUCGUUGAUUGCAUACUCGGUCGUACGCCGGAGGACUUCAGGGAGAAGUGGGCGUGGCCGAAGGAGAGGGUGCCGGAGGAGUUGUGGGAGGGGGAUGGGAGUCGUGGUGGGCCGGUGGGUAUGGUGUUGAGGGAGGAGAUGGAGAAGUCGAGGAGGGCGAGGAUGUAGGGUUUUGGGGUUGUUGAGGCUGGUGUUGGGUUGGGUUGAGUCCACUUAGACUUUGUAAAUAUAUAGACUGAUAUACAUUACAUUAACAAUUACUCGAA